UAUUCGCUUAAAUGCAUAAAAUAUAACUGUUUUUUAAUUCAUAGAAAACUAACCAGCCAAUGACCCCAUCACGUUCGCGCUGACAUUUGUUUGUUUUUUCAAAAGGAAGAAGUUUAUUUGUUCAGUCAGCGAUUAUUAACCUGGAAGAAGGCGUCAUCCACAUAGGCGACUAUUUUGGUGCGUAUUGGGCACUGUCAGUUUGGUGGCUGCAGAGCGCAAUCACCAACCGGAGAUUUACCUAGACCGAUAUCCUUUCCGUGGAUCCUUGGCACACACACACUGCCUUACUUUUUUUUUGUUUUUAAACUUUAUUUUUCUCGCUCUGUACCAAUGUUCUGGUCCAUUUUGAUCGAGAGGAGUUCACUGCCCUCCGGAGACGCGUGACAUCGCUGUUAAGACAGUUGACUGCAGAUCGCCUCCUCCAUGUCGACUACUAAGCCGAGGAACGGUGUUGGGGUCCACCCGGACCGCAGAAACAUGCCUGUAGACGACCACCAGAGACACACUGAGCUCCCCAUGAGGAGGGGGACGCUGGCCACCCAAAGGAAGACACUCGAGCGCGGUCUCUCCAGGGAUACUGGAAGCAUGCUGAGGAGCUCCUGCUUAGCCGAGGACAGCUUACCAACAGCUCUGCCCAUGCUGCUGACCAUGGUGGAGGGCCCCGGCAGACUUCCUGUGGAUGAGGACACACAGGAAGUGCUGAGAGGGAAGCUUCGCCUUCUGCAACCUGACAGCCCAGAGGUCAUCGCUCUGUUCACGGAGCUGUCGUCUCACAUCCACUCCAUUAGCAAUGAAGAAAAUACGAUAUUGCUGACGUUCAAAACAUUUGAGGAGAUAUGGAAGUUUACAACAUAUUACUCAUUAGGCUUUCUGGACCAGUGCAUGGAGAGUCUCUUAUUCGACCAGAAGUUCUGGAUCCAGUCCCUGGACCGGGACGACCUGGGCAUCGAGGUGUCAGUGCCUGAGGACUCCCUUCAUCUCAUGGUCAAAGGUCUCCUGAUGCAGGAAGGCUCCUUCUUCGCCAGCUGCUCCUCCAACCAGAUCUUUGACAGCUCCACCUGCGGGGGGGACCUGUACCUGGAGCAGGGGGACGUGGCCCAGUUCGAGCCCCCCAUCCUGGGCUCGGGCUGGAGCGUGCUGUCCCUGAACGACGGAGCCAGGGGGACCACACAGAAACCCGCACUGGAGCCCCUCCUCCCUUUCUAUCAAUGGUUUCUUAAGUCCUGCCCUGAGAACGUUCUGGUGGGCGGUGGGAAGCCGGUCUGCAACUUUCCCCUUCGCUUCGCCCGGGGGACCUGUCGGGCCCUCUCAGAGUACCACGGCCAGGGCCCGGACGAGCUCAGCCUGGCGGCCGGGGAGCGCGUCGUCGUGGUGGGGCGCCUGGUGUCCGGGUUCGAGUGGUUCCUGGGGAGGGCGGAGGCCACGGGAGCACUGGGGUUGGUGCAGACGGCCCUGGUGGAGCCGACGGAUAACCUUUGUGAGUCAACAGAUAUCUACUUGGACGCAGAGGAAAGGAGCUUCUUCUGCUUCAAAGAGGAGUCCAUCAUCCAGGAGACCACCGCGUUGCUGAAGAAGAACUCUCAGAGUGACAUCGGCUACGUCUUCAAACUUGAUUUGAUUCCCCAGCAAGAUGGUGUGAAAUUGGCCAAACAAAGAAGUUCACUGGAGCAUGUCGACGCGGACGCUCGCCUGGAGUUAAAAGCCAACAUGGAGAGGAUCCUGGCGCCAUGCCGGGCGCCAUUACCCCACCGCGGGACGCAGAGUGAAACCGGAGCGCCGCUGACCCCGUCCUUCGGGCUCCGCCCCCCUCGCCCCCUCCCGAGGCGCCGUGCUUCACGGUCCACGCGCCCGUCGAAGGAACCCCGGACGGCGAGCUCUUCACCCCCCCUCUCCUUCCUGGAGGGCGCCCCCUACAGGCGGGAGUUCGCCGUCCUCUACGGCGCCACCGCCGACCUCCUCUCCUCCUCGCUCUUCGCGGGCCACGCCGACGAAGACGCGCUGGUCGCCUUCCUGAGUGUCGCCAGGGAGACGGCCCGCAAGCGCCGGCUCCACUGGGCCCAGAGCCGCGCGUGCUUCCUGCUGGGCCUGCAGUGCGCCGGGAGGUCAAAGUUCAGCCAGGCGCGGGUGUACCUGGAGGAGGCGCUCGCCGUGCCCAAGGAGGCCUUCGCCGACGUGAGGCUGCUGGCCGCGCUCUACGCCAACCUGGCCCACAUCCACCUCCUCCAGAAGAACGCCGAGAAGUACGUCGCCGCGGCGGAGCGCCUGGCGGCCGCCGCCAUGGCCCUGCCGGAGUGCGUGGCGAGCGCCAAGGACCACGUCGCGGCGCUCCAGUACGCCCUGAGGAAGGCGGUGCUCACUCGGAACAAGAUGGCGGAGGCGCGCGCUUGCUUCGUGCUCGCCAAGUGUCACCGUCUCCGGGGCGAGGACGAGGCCGCCCUGCCCUACGUGGAGAGGCUCCUGGAGCUGUCGGCGGCGGCGGCGGCGGAGGAGGGGGGGUCCGACGGCGUCCCCCCCAGCCGCGUGUGCCUCGGCCUGGGGAGGAUCUACGGCGCGCUGGGCCGGCCCCUCCUCAGCGUGUGUGCGGCGAGGAGGGCGGCUCAGCCCGCCGCCACGCUGGGCGACUGCCUGGGCGCGCUGGCGCUGGUGCUGGAGAGACGGGACGAGGUCUCGUGGCUGGGGGGCGGGGAGGGGGCGCUCCCGUGUCACGCCGUGACGUACCUACGCCGCGCCCUGGCGUUGGGCGAGGGGCCGAGGGGCGGCGGCGGGGAGAGGAGGGGGGGACACGCGCUGAGUCACGCGCUCACGCUCUGCCUCUCCGGGCUGCUCCAGAGGCACGGGAUGGACGGCCACGCCGUCCGCGUCGUGCGCGCGCCUUCGUCGACCGGGCGCCGCGCCCCGGGCCUGGCCGCGGGGGAGGGCCGCAGCACCCUGGUGUGGCUGGCCUGGCUCUGCAUCCGCGACGGGCAGGAGGACGCCGCGCUGGACGUGCUGGACGCCAUCAUGCAGUCCCCCCCGUCGGAGCACGGCGCCACCCCUCAGGACGGCCUGGUCCUCAACAUGCGAGGCAUCGCGCUGCGGCGCCAGGGCAACCUGCAGAGGGCAGCAGAGAGCUACCGGGCGGCCGACGACAUCUGCGAGGAGUUCGACGACAUGUCCAACUGGGCCGUGUGUCAGGCCAACUUCGGGCUGUUGUGUCUGAAGGCCGGGGCGAAGACCCUGGCGGAGAGGCACCUGACCCGGGCCCUGGAGCUCUUCUCUGGCCUGGAGCAGGAGGGGCCGGGGCUGCAGCUGGUGCACGUGCUGCUGGAGCUGGGGCGGCACUACCUGGAGCAGGGCCGGCUGCGCUACGGCCAGGGCUGCCUCGAGUGGGCUCUGCUGCUGGCCAUCAAGGCCGGCCUGGCCGACUGCCAUCUCACAGCCACGCAGCAGCUGUGCCGUCUGUACGGAGAGGUCCACCCCGACCAGGCGCGGUGCAUCGUCUACAAUGAACACCAGCUCCCCCUGCUGGCCGCCCGGGGGGACCGCAGCCGUGAGGGGGACGUUCUGCAGGCCAUCAGCGAGCAGUACCUUUCUCUGGGCACAGCUAAGGCGUACCGGGUGGCGCUGGACUGCACCAAGAGGAGCCUGGGUAUCUUCAUCGACCUGGGCCAGCGCGAGCAGGAGGCCUACGCGUGGCUUCAGGCGGGGAAGAUCUACCACAUGCUGGGCCAGAAGGAGCUGGUGGACCUGUACAUACAGGUGGCCCAGGACGUGGGCCUGAUCACAGGGGACACCGGCUUCGUCCUGGCUCUCCUGGAGGCGGCCGGGGACGUCUUCCACAACAGCUCCCAGGACCGAGACAAGGCCGUCUGCUUCUACCGGGACCGCGCCCUGCCCAUCGCCCUGAAGACGGGCAGCGAGGCCAGUCGUCUCCGGCUCUGCCACAAGCUGGUGGACCUGCUGCUCAGCCUCCGUCGCCACGACGACGCCGUGGAGUUCGCCCAGACCGCGCUGGACAUCAGCAUCACUCUGGAGGAGCGUCUGAGCGAGAGGGUGGCGUACCACCGCCUGGCCACCAUCUACCAGCACCUGGGCCAGUGGGAGCUGGCCGAGCACCACUACCUGAAGGCCCUGGCCCUCUGCCCGGCGCCCCUGCAGUUCGACGAGGAGACCCUGUACUACGCCAGGGUGUACCAGACGCUGGGCGACAUCAUCUUCUACGACCUGAAGGACCCCCACGACGCGGCCGGCUACUACCACCUGGCGCUGGCGGCCGCCAUGGACCUGGGCAACAAGCGCGCGCAGCUGCGUCUGUGCACGCGGCUCGCCACCAUCUACCACAACUACCUGGUGGACCGCCGGCUGUCGCUGUGCUUCUACCAGCGGGCGCGCGCCUUCGCCACCGAGCUCAACGUGCGCCGGGUGGACAUCUCGGCGUCGCGGCGCCAGAUCUCGCGCCGGUGAUGGCGAGGGGUGUGAUGUGCGGCCCGCCACCGGGAGCUAAUCAUUUUUUCGUACGUAUGGAUGGCGCCUUUUUCGCCUCUGAUUCGCCUCUGAUUGGUUAGAAGGGCUCUCCUCCGAUUGGUUAUGGUUAGGGUUAGGGUUGGAGUUAGUGUUAGGGAUUUCACUGACCCUAACCCUAAACCUAACCAUAAGCCUAACCCUAACCCUAAACUACCCCAAACAGCUAAGACUAAUCGAAGCAUGAUCUAAAGGAGAGCCCUUCUGACCAAUCAGAGGCAAAAAAGGCGGUACUUACCCCUACCCUCCUACGAAAAAAGGAUUGGCCUGCGGGGACAUGCAGAAAUCGCGCGUGUUGUUGUGAUACUGCAGUGUUCUUUUUGGAUGUUAGUGAUUUUUUCCGGUCUGUAACGGUGAAGUGAUGGAGGAGUUGAAAUGUGGCUGUUUGAAUGUGUGUUCUUGUCUUCUGUUCAAUUUAUAAUGGUUUAUAAUGCAUCAAAUAUGAAUCAAAACAAUCAGGUUAUGGGCCGCGAGAUAUUGGCUGUCAGUGAUUACUUCAUUCAGUCAUCAUUGCAAGCUGUGCAGGGGAGGAACAUGAACAACUUGUGGCACUUUAAAAGAGCAACCUAACUCAAAACGGUUUGGUUUGUUAAUCCUGCAACUCACAUCCAGGAAUACAAUUCUAAAAGAAAAAAACUGGAUUCGUGUUUAACAACUUUUCAACAUGUCAACACGUCAAUGUAAAUGUUUGUUAAAUUGAGUUCAAAUCUUACUGAACGUUGAAACGAUGAUUUUUGUUGUUGUGUGUACACUGAUAAUAAAAAAAAAAGAGCUGACCAGUGAAUCAAAGUCAAAGAGUUACAUCUUUGAAUGGAGAAAAACAGAACGGGUCACUGCAGAAACCAAACAUUAACUACAGCCU